AAUCUGCCCUGAACGCGCCGCGGAGAACGGAGCUGAACGCAACACGAUAGUGAACGACAGAGAGCGCACGGAAGAUCCGCGCCGGGGGAAACGGCGCUCGCGGACGGUCAGGCGGGCAUGUUUUCCAUCGUGACACAUACCCAGAGUACGAGUUCGUUUAAAGACGCGACGACGCGUUUCCAGUAGGUGUUUGCGUGCGUUCUGAGUACCGCGCGUCACCGGUUGCGCAGAGAACCGAGCAGCGGCCGAGAGCGCAGAGCGUAGCGGGAGGAGAGUGCACACACGCGGGGCUCUACGCCCUGCCAAACAUGGCUGAUCGUCGGGUGCGGGGCGCUGCCGGGAUCUCCAGAAAGACGCUCGAUGCUCCCCAUUGAAGAAGCAGAAGAUGAUGAUGGUGAUGAGAAGCUGCUCUCCACAAUAAUGACCUUUCAACUAGCGGCUCCGUCCUCGGUUCGGAACAUGGAUGUGAUCAUCCCCUACACCAAUGAUGUACCCUGUGACCCCAGAGGCCAGAGGAUGUGGUGGGCUUUCCUCGCCUCCUCCAUGGUCACUUUCUUCGGGGGUCUCUUCAUCAUCCUGCUGUGGAGGACCCUUAAGUACCUGUGGACGGUGUGCUGCCACUGCAAGGGUAAAAAGAAGGAUGCGCAGCGGGUCAGUAAAGCGGUGGGUCAGCGGGAGGCGGAGGCGGUGGUCAGCGAGGUGGGAUGGAUGACCUCAGUGAAGGACUGGGCCGGGGUCAUGAUCUCUGCUCAGACGCUCACGGGACGAGUGCUGGUGGUGCUUGUCUUUGCUCUGAGCAUCGGAGCACUUGUGAUUUACUUCACCGACUCCUCAAAACCCAUCGAAUCCUGUCAGCAUUUCGACAAGGACUACUGGCUGCAGAUCGAUAUGGCCUUCAAUGUGUUUUUCCUCUUGUACUUUGGACUGCGUUUCAUCGCAGCCAAUGAUAAGCUGUGGUUCUGGCUGGAGGUGAAUUCAGUGGUGGAUUUCUUCACCGUCCCACCCGUGUUUGUGUCCGUGUAUCUGAACAGGAGCUGGCUGGGAUUGAGGUUCUUAAGAGCCUUGAGGCUGAUCCAGUUUUCAGAAAUAUUACAGUUUUUAAAUAUCUUAAAAACAAGCAACUCCAUAAAGUUGGUGAAUUUGUGCUCAAUCUUUAUAAGCACAUGGCUGACGGCAGCGGGCUUCAUACAUUUGGUGGAAAACUCAGGGGAUCCUUGGGAAAACUUCCAAAAUUCCCAACCGCUUUCCUACUGGGAGUGUGUGUACUUACUCAUGGUAACCAUGUCCACAGUGGGUUAUGGAGAUGUUUGUGCUAAAACAACCCUCGGACGCCUUUUCAUGGUCUUCUUCAUUCUCGGAGGAUUGGCCAUGUUUGCCAGCUACGUUCCUGAAAUCAUAGAGUUAAUAGGAAACCGCAAGAAAUAUGGUGGUUCCUAUAGUGCAGUAAAUGGGAGAAAGCAUAUAGUCGUCUGCGGUCACAUCACGCUGGAGAGCGUCUCCAACUUCCUCAAAGACUUCCUACACAAGGACAGGGAUGAUGUCAAUGUAGAAAUUGUUUUUCUCCAUAAUAUUUCCCCUAAUCUUGAGCUGGAAGCCUUAUUCAAGAGACACUUCACACAGGUGGAGUUUUACCAGGGAUCCGUCCUCAACCCUCACGAUCUCGCUCGAGUCAAGAUUGAGUCGGCCGAUGCCUGUCUGAUCUUAGCCAAUAAAUACUGUGCAGAUCCUGACGCUGAAGAUGCAUCCAAUAUCAUGAGGGUGAUAUCCAUUAAAAACUACCAUCCAAAGAUCCGAAUCAUUACACAGAUGCUGCAGUACCACAAUAAGGCUCAUCUUCUCAACAUCCCGAGCUGGAACUGGAAGGAAGGCGAUGACGCCAUCUGCCUCGCCGAGCUGAAGCUGGGCUUCAUCGCCCAGAGCUGCCUGGCACAGGGUCUGUCCACCAUGCUGGCUAACCUCUUCUCCAUGAGGUCCUACAUCAAGAUUGAAGAAGACACGUGGCAGAAGUAUUAUUUAGAGGGAGUAGCCAAUGAAAUGUACACGGAGUAUCUGUCCAGUGCUUUCGUGGGUUUGUCCUUCCCCACCAUUUGUGAGCUCUGCUACGUGAAGCUGAAACUCCUGUUGAUCGCGAUUGAAUAUAAAUCAGACCAGAGAGAGUGCAGGGGUGGAAAAUGCACGCUGAUUAACCCGGGCAAUCAUGUGAAGAUGCAGGAGGGAACACUGGGCUUCUUCAUCGCCAGUGAUGCCAAAGAGGUGAAGAGGGCACUUUUCUACUGUAAAGCUUGUCAUGAUGACAUUACAGACCCAAAACGGAUCAAAAAGUGUGGAUGCAAACGGAUGUUGUAUUCCAAGAAGUCCGCCUACAAGAGAAUGCGUCUGGCAUGUUGUGUAGCUUGCGGUGGGGCAGAACAUGGCUGCUCGUGCAUGUCAGACAGUGUGGCUAGUAACACGGAGGUUCUGCACCGUGGCUUCCCCUUCUCUCCCGUGUCUCUGUAUGAUAACACGACCACUUUACGCUCGUCUAAAAGUAACUAUAACGGAUACAUCAAAUCAAUGGAGGAGGAGCAGCAGUCGGCUCUGUCACCCAAGAAAAAACAGCGUAACGGAGGGAUGAGAACGUCGCCCACAUGCUCACCCAAAAUAAUAAGGCACGACCCGUUGUUGGUCCCAGGUCACGAUCAAAUGGAAACAAUGGACGAGAACAUAAAGAAAUAUGAUUCGACAGGAAUGUUUCACUGGUGUCCAUCAAAAGACAUAGAGAAGGUCAUGCUGACUCGCAGCGAGGCGGCCAUGACGGUUUUGAGCGGUCACGUGGUGGUUUGUAUAUUUGGCGAUGUAAAGUCGGCUCUGAUCGGUCUGCGGAACCUGGUGAUGCCUCUGAGAGCCAGUAACUUCCACUAUCACGAGCUGAAGCCCAUCGUGUUCGUGGGCUCUCUGGAGUAUCUGAAGAGAGAGUGGGAGACGCUACACAACUUCCCCAAAGUCUCCAUCUUACCCGGAACUCCACUGAGUCGGGCCGAUCUGAGAGCUGUCAACAUCAACUUGUGUGACAUGUGCGUCAUCCUUUCAGCCAAUCAGAACAACAUCGACGACGCCUCUCUGCAGGAUAAAGAAUGUAUUCUGGCGUCUCUCAACAUCAAGUCCAUGCAGUUUGAUGACAGUAUUGGACUCCUGCAGGCCAACUCUCAAGGCUUCACUCCUCCUGGAAUGGAUCGCUCGUCUCCGGAGAACAGUCCCGUACAUGGAUUGGUGCGGCAGGUGUCCAUAACCACCGGAGCAAACAUUCCCAUCAUCACAGAGCUCGCUAAAACAGACAAGUUGCUGCCCCUGGUUUCUCUGAGCCAGGACAAGAGCAGCGGGAACAACAUCCCAAUGAUAACUGAGCUGGUGAACGACUCAAACGUCCAGUUUCUGGACCAGGAUGAUGACGACGACCCCGACACGGAGCUGUACCUCACGCAGCCGUUCGCCUGUGGGACAGCGUUUGCCGUCAGCGUGCUGGAUUCAUUAAUGAGUGCUACCUACUUCAAUGACAAUAUUCUGACUCUGAUCCGGACGCUGGUGACCGGCGGAGCCACGCCGGAGCUGGAGGGUCUGCUGGCGGAGGAGAAUGCGCUGCGCGGAGGAUACAGCACACCGCAAACGCUGGCCAACAGAGACCGCUGCCGCGUCGCACAGCUAGCGCUUUACGACGGACCCUUCGCCGAUCUGGGGGAUGGGGGCUGUUAUGGUGAUUUAUUCUGUAAAGCAUUGAAGACGUACAACAUGUUGUGUUUUGGAAUCUACCGAUUAAGAGACGCACAUCUGGGAGCACCCAGCCAGUGCACCAAACGAUACGUGAUUACGAACCCUCCCUACAACUUCGAGCUGGUGCCUACAGAUCUGAUCUUCUGUCUGAUGCAAUUCGACCACAACGCCGGCCAGACGCGCACCAACCUGUCCUCCCACUCCACCUUCUGUCCCAGCAAGAAGAGCCCAUCCGCCCACUCAAUCCCCUCAUCCGCCCGGCCGGGCCGCAGCCGGAGCCGCGACCUGCGCGACAAACAGAAUGCGCCCUGCAGGACGAAUAGAGGGGUUUCAGAUAAAAACUGGUACACUGAUGAACCCGAGAACUGCUUCCCCAGAAACACGCAAAGCAAACACACCAGCACACACACAGCCAAUCAGAUCAAUCAGUUCAAAUCCACCAGCAACAUCAUCCAGCCAAUCAGAGAAGUGGAGGAGGAGCCUUGAGACGACAUCAUCCACACACAGUCUGAAUCCUUGCUGGAAAUCAACCAUAAACGACGGCAGAGAUGGAGUUCAGUGGUUCUCAACUGGUUUUGCUGCUGGAGAUCAAAUGGUGACCCAACACUGUUUAUCAUAAAGAUGAAAUUCUGAUGGUUUCAUGAUUCUAGCAGCCAAUAAUUUGCACAAAACUCAUUGUGGUCAAUCUGAUUUUUGCUGCAAGUGAACCCGUUUUUAAUGUCUUGGAUGUACACGAAAACAUUUCCACUUCAACUUAAAGACAUAAAAUCAG